AUGGCCACCGACUUACAGUCCCCCGUGCCCUCCUCCAUGGCUCAAUCAUCUCCCGCCCCGUCCUCCCCCCGGGCUCACUCCAAAUCCAGAUCGAGAUCUCGACCAGCCCGUCGCCGGCGAAACUCGUCCCCCGCACCGCCCUCCUCCCCACCCGGCCUGCCAACACCCGCAUUCUCGCCCGACGGACACAGCGAUCUGGACGAUGAGCUCGGGGAGCAAGAUACGCUGUCGCCAUUCGAUGCCCGCAGAAUCACGCCCACCCUUCAUGCCUCGCUGGUAUCGGAGAUUCUCAAUCUCCGCCGAGAGGUGGAGAAUAAAACCAAAGCAAUCGACAUGCUAGAACAGAGUUUAGAUGAAUCGAGGACGGAAAGUGAAUCGCUGGGCGAGAAUUUGUCCCGGGCGACCCGCGAGGCGCGGUCCCUGAGGCACCAGAUCCAGUUGCUAGAGGGCGGGACGUCAUCGGCGAUGACGGAGUUAGCCCGCGAGCGAGACGAGGCAGUCGAGAACUUCAGCGAUGUCCGCAAGAAGCUGGAACAAACGCAGAAACGGGCGCGCAGCCGUGAGGAAGAAGUCGAGCGAACGCAGAUGCUGUGGGACCGCGAUCGCGAAACAUGGGAGAAUGAGCGCCGGAAUUUAGAACGCAAGGUCCACGUGGUGGAGGGCCGGUUGAAAACGGUCCUGAGCGAGGUUGCGGCCGCGCAGGAAGCGGGUACGCUGGUCUCGCAGCAUAGCGAGAAUGAUGAUACCGAGAAGGAUAAGACGAAAGAGAGUGACACGGCUAGCGUGGCGUCGAGUAGUCAGGGUCGUCGGCGGACGAGUAUGACCAGCGUGACGACGGAUGAGGGCGAUAAUGAUGCUCAUUAUCCCAAUGUUCGGUACUCGGUUAUGAGCAUGGCGCCUGGGAAGGGUGAUUCGGGUUUGAAUCUGGCUCAGGAACUGGCUUUCGAUGAGGAGGAGGAAGAUGAGUUUGUCGCGUCUGAUGAUGAUGACACUCCCGCCUCGCCAGAGGCGCUUCCAGAGGAACGGCCGUUGUCGGUUCAUUCAGCGGCAUCGCAUGAUAUUUCUUCCAAGGCGCGGAGGAUCCUGGGUCUGUCGAUGCAAAGCAGUGCAUCUGCUAUCGCUGCUGAGUUCCGUACGAUGGAGUCGAUUGGUCCUGUGAAGGUGGAAGGUCCGCCUGUCGAGUAUCGCGAUACUGGUAUUCAGUAUUCACCUCCUCCGUCUCCUGAAGUAUUGGCUGUGGUUGAUGAUGUUGAGCCCGUGCCUGUUGAAAUUCCGACACUGGAUGUCCCCAACGAGAGCGAGGACGAAAUGUCUGAAAUGAAGGAUUCCUCAACAUUGACCAUCAAGGUCGAAAUGGUAUCAAGCUCUUGCCAGACGAUUGGCGAGCUGCCCAGUCCCCCAUGGACACCCAAGGUGCCGGAGUUGCCUGUGCAUAUGGAAGAAGUGAUCCCAGAGCCAGUGCAAAUGACAUCGGCCGCGACCCAGACCGACUCUCUUCCCGAGGCUGAGCCAGUCUCUGAGAAGGCUACCUUGUCGCCCAACGCUGCUCCCACUCAGAUGUAUAUCCCCAUGAUUGCAAUCCAUCCGCCUGCUUCGGAACCACCAUCACCCCGUGACAGUGUCGUCCUCCCGCCGCAGACCAAGAAUGUGUCAGUGCAGGCUAAUUUCAGGCCCGUUGUCGAAGGUCGAUCAGUGGCUAUUCAAACUGAGGAGAUUCGCAUCGAUCAAAGACCCGUCAAACUCCCUGCCAGCCUCUUGCCUUCCGCCAUCCCCGACCUUCCAAUUCGAUCUGAAGUCAAAGAGCCCGUCUAUCAACCUUACCGUCCACCGGUACCUCCGCCACGUUCAGCGAAGAGGGACCAGUGGCCGCUCAAUGCUGAACGACCUGCAAAACCACCUCGUGCACAGCCUUCGUCGGAGCUUGUACAAGCUUAUCCAGGCAACAACGACAAUGGUCCGCUCUCAGACGAUUUGGUAUCAUCUGGCCUGCGACGACCUUUCCGCUCCAGCAGUUUGUUCGCCGGAUUUGAACAGCUGAGCGACGAUGAAGAUCCCGCUGCAGAAGAGCGGGAUAUCUUCACGGACGACGAGCUGCUCAGCCGCCCAUUCGCGUCGUACACCCUCCGCCGCGGCAAGAUGGUCAAUGCCAAGUCACGACCCAGCCUCGACGAGAUGACACUUCCUGAAAUCGACGAGCAUCUUUCCGACCCAGAGUCUCGCCCAUCGGACGUGGCUCGUGGUUCACGACCCGUCCUCCGAUCCGCUGCAAGCGCUACUUCCUCUGUUCGUCAGCCUGGUAUGCGCAAGAUGGCCAUGAUCUCCAGCGGUGCGGCAGCCCACCAAAGGACUCGCGCCCGUAGCCCUAGCGAGCCUAGUCUCGAUAGCGGCAGCGCAGGAUCCAGCAUCGCCCCUCCAUUCCCCGUCCCUAUCCGCCUCAGUUCUCGAAAGAUCCCGCUGAAUGGCAGCGAUGGACCCCCAAGCCCAACCCGCUCAGCAAGACAAUUCUCAGACCGUGGUGGCCGUGCAACUAUCGUGCGCCAGCCAACCCUGCGCCGUGUUCGCUCUGCAGCAGCCAUGUCCAACACGGAUCUGCAUGAACACCCUGAAAAUCAGUCAUCCCCCCACUCAGCAUCCUCGUUCGUACUAGAAAGCCCAACUUACAACCCGCCGCCAAUGCCGUUUGAUGAUAUCACAGCUCCGCGUCACCGGCGCAAUGUCCAGAAACGGGCCUCGCAUCGUGCAACACCGUCUACAGGCUGGGACCAUGAUCGGCAGGACUCGACGGGCGGCGUGCAACCGACUAGUGUGGUCGAUGCUAUUGCCCAGACGAUGGUCGGUGAAUGGAUGUUCAAGUACGUCCGCCGCCGCAAGUCGUUCGGCAUGGGCGAGUCCAAGGAUAAUUGGGAGGGGAAGAACCCUGAUGAGGUAUCGGCCAAUAUCACCAAUAGUGGUGUCCGCCAUAAGAGAUGGGUUUGGCUUGCGCCGUAUGAGGGUGCCAUCAUGUGGAGUAGCAAGCAGCCGACAAGCGGGCCUGCCUUGCUGGGCAAGAGUGGUCGAAAGUUCACCAUUCAAUCCGUCCUCGAUGUGAAAGAUGACAACCCUCUGCCUAAAGGCGCCAACACUUCCGCUCCCUUCAACCGCUCCAUCCUCGUCCUCACCCCUCAACGCGCCCUCAAAUUCACCGCGCUCACCGUGGAACGCCACUACGUCUGGCUCACAGCCCUCUCCUUCCUCAGCCACUCCUCAAUGGGCCUCCAAGACCUCGCUGCCAUCCCCCCAGCCCCGCAAGAAGAAGCCGCCUCCCCAGCACCCCAAGCCGCCCUCCGCCGCAAUCCAAUCCGCGACUCCAUCCGCGUCGCAAAGGGCAAACCCCGCCCAAAGCCAAAAAGCAAACGAUCCUUCCCCGGCGCUCCAGUCCCAGAACUCCCCUCCGCAGGGGAUCUGGACAACAUGGCCGCCGACGCGCCCCAUGUACCCCGGUUCUCAAACCACAGCAGCCACCAUCACACUCGCAAGCGCAGUAACACGGCUCCACGACCCCCCGCGCUCCACGCUAUCCGCAGUUUCUCAAGUCAAGGUACCAUGCCAUCGAUGCACAGCGGGACAACCGGUUCAAAUGAGCCGUACUUCUCCCCCGUGGCACCGCCGGCUUUACCACAGGGUAUCCGAAGUGGUCGGAGCAGUAUCAGCCGUACUUCGGAGGGUAGUGGACGCACGAUGAAUACUGCAACAAGCAAUAUGUUUGACGUGGGCACUGUCCGUAUGGAGGCUUUUAUCGAUCACCAUGCCGAGCAGAUUAAUCGUCCGCGGGCCGUGCCGUCUGUGAAAAUGCGACAUGUGCGGAAGACGUCGAGUCAGUGGAGUGCAUAUGAUGCGCCGUCUGUGGAUGAGAGUGAGCUUUCUUUCCGAUCGGAUCCUUUCCGGGGAUUUUAG